AUGCGCCUUCAUAAAAAAAUACAUUUUACAUUGAUUCAUUUUGCAGACUUUUUAUCCAAAGCAAUAUAAAACAUGGAAAACAUAAUUAUAAGAGGAUAUGGCAACACAGUCUCUAAACUGCCAGCAAGUGGAGCGAAAGUAAACUCCGCCUCUGACUGUUUGACGUCACAUGCCUCAGUCUUGACACAUGGUCAUGAUCAUCACAUUUCUUCCACACACACAUACACUGAAGCACUUCAAGCCUCCUGUGCCGGUGCUGCAGAGCAGGGUCUAUUUUUGCCGUUACUAGACGAAUGAACGCUGUUCUAUAUAGCCUUUCGUUUCAGUUCAAUAUUUAAAAAUAAUUUCUGCACGGAAUAAGAGAGAUUAUGUCCAGACAGCUCACAAUGAAUCCAGCUUUCCGACCUCCGCAAACUAACGGCGUUUUGAAGGCGCUCCUGGAAAAACCUCUGAAAGUGCACCAAGAUGAAGGCUUUGGGAAGGAGAGAGAGAAGGUGAAAAAUCUGGAGGAAGAAGGAAAUGCUCCUCAGUCAGCUUUCUUAGGGCCAACGCUCUGGGAUAAAACAUUGUCUUAUGAUGGAGACAACUUUCAGUUGGAGUAUUUGGACCUUGAGGAGUUUCUCUCUGAAAAUGGCAUCCCCUCUAGUCCCGCACAACAUGACCAAAGCCUCCAUCACCAGCAGCAGCAGCAGCAGGCUUCAAUGCCUCAGGGCCCCAUCUCAGUCAUGGACCUCAGCAGCCAGGCCGUGACCUCCAUCCAUACGGGCAUGGUUCCUCAGAACUGCCUCCACAGCCCGGGCAGAACAGUUUUGCCUCCAUCACGUAACACACCAAGUCCAGUAGACCCAGAGGCCAUUCAGAUACCAGUGAGCUACGAGCCCGAUCCAGCAGACCUCGCUCUUUCCAGCGUGCCGGGCCAGGAGGUUUUCGACCCACGCAAUCGCAAGUUCUCCGAAGAGGAGCUGAAACCUCAGCCUAUGAUCAAGAAAGCACGCAAAAUCUUCUUUCCUGUUGAUAUGAAGCAGGAUGAAAAAUACUGGGCACGGCGCAGAAAGAACAACGUGGCCGCCAAGAGGUCACGGGACGCUCGGCGCCUAAAGGAGAAUCAGAUUGCCAUCCGGGCUGGUUUCCUGGAGAAAGAGAACGCGGCUCUCCGACUGGAAGUUGCCGACCUACGGAGAGAGUUGGGGCGGUGUAAAAAUGUCUUAACCAAGUAUGAAGCUCAACACGGCCCUCUGUGAGACCACCCGGGUGCUCCUCAAGUUCCCCCACCCAUGCCCUUUUAAUUCGAAGGACAAUAUUCUUGGGUUAAAGUCAAAAACACGGGGCCUGUUUUCCAGCCAGCCCUCACCUCAUUCUGUUCUUGACACCUUAUAAGGCAGAAACAUUUCAUUGUGUGGUUACUUUAGAGAUCUACCCACUGUCUUUUUCUAUUUGUUAUCGCAAACAAAGCCAUCGUUGUUUGCGAUCGUGUU